AUGAAUCGGGCUAGAGAGAUUUGGAGAGAUGUUCCAGCAGGAGGUGGGGUAUGGGGUGGGUGUAGAAAGGAGAAGAUGAACACCUCGAUACAGAAAAAAGAGUUGGGGGGCAUUACUAAAUUUGAGACUAUUGAAUCAAAUUACUACAUGGAUGAACCUAAUCCAGAGAUUCUCAUCAAUGUUUGUGCUACUCACGCCGACAUUCUCGCUUCCGAUUCGUCCAUCGCUGCUCGCGGGGGGCUUCAUUCUAAGAUGGAUCGCUUCCCUACCGAUGUUUAUGAUUUCUGUAUCAUAAGAGUAUCGUACAAUGUCACAUCAGUUGUCGUUGCAUUUUAUUUUUUCCCCGAUUUACAAUUUGCAGUCCAAAAGAAGCUACCACAGACACUACGUUGUAGUUCUUUUAGGGCAAUCCUUUUGUCAUCAAUUCCUUCAUUAUUAUGUCGCUUUGGCUUAAUUUGUAGGAUUGCCGAUGCAGAAGAAAACUUGGGUGAAAGUGAAGUUCGGGAAGCUCACUUGGCGAAAUCCUUGUUUUUCAUUAGAAUUGGUGACAAGGAAAAGGCACUGGAACAACUCAAGUUAACAGAAAGUAAGACUGUUGCAGUUGGACAAAAGAUGGACUUGGUUUUCUACACGUUACAGAUUGGUUUCUUCCACAUGGACUUCGAUCUUAUCUCUAAAAGCAUUGAUAAAGCAAAGAACUUGUUUGAGGAGGGUGGUGACUGGGAGAGGAAGAACCGUUUGAAGGUGUAUGAAGGACUAUAUUGCAUGUCCACCCGUAACUUCAAGACAGCAGCUGAUCUUUUCCUUGAUUCUAUCUCAACUUUCACAACUUAUGAGAUAUUUCCCUAUGACACCUUCAUAUUUUACACGGUCCUUACUAGCAUUAUAUCCUUGGAUAGAGUUUCCCUGAAACAAAAGGUUGUGGAUGCUCCUGAGAUCCUGACUGUCAUUGGCAAAGUCCCAUAUUUAUCGGAGUUUUUGAACUCUCUAUAUGAAUGCCAGUAUAAAUCAUUUUUUUCAGCUUUUGCUGGCCUGACGGAGCACAUCAAGUUGGACCGCUAUUUGCAUCCCCACUUCCGAUAUUACAUGAGGGAGGUCAGAACUGUUGUUUAUUCCCAGUUCUUGGAAGCAUACAAGAGUGUAACAAUUGAGGCUAUGGCUAAAGCGUUUGGGGUGACAGUAGAUUUCAUCGAUUUGGAGCUGUCUCGUUUCAUUGCAGCGGGGAAGUUACACUGCAAGAUAGAUAAAGUUGCAGGUGUGUUGGAAACUAAUCGUCCCGAUGCAAAGAAUGCCCUUUACCAAGCAACGAUCAAGCAAGGCGAUUUCUUGUUGAACCGUAUUCAGAAGUUGUCCCGUGUGAUUGAUCUUUGAAGUUGGUAGAAAGGGUUUUUCCUUUAAGGUGAUGGAAUUUAAAAAAAUCUAGACUUUGAUGUUCUUUGUUGCUUUAUUCAGACAUUGAGUUUUCAAAAACAUUUUACUUUUGCCAUUUUCUGAAAUGAGUUGCUAGGCAUGUUUUCGCAAGUAUGAUAACGUAAUUUAAGUGUCUGUUUGACACUUUUUAAAAUUUUAAAUUGUUUGCCACA